AAAAUGCAUUUCAACAGCCUGGCUCUGGCCUCUUUGGCCUUGGUUCCUUCCUUUAUUGAAGCCCACGGAGACAUCCCUGGAGCUCCAAAAGUCUUCGGAAGGAGAUCGAUGCUUAGUGGAACUAGGCGGGCACGUACCGGAGCAAGCACUUACCAGCCAGCUAUAGCCGAAGUCCACGACAAACGUCAAGCUUCUACCAACACUGAUGGACAAUGCGGAGCAGGCUUUGNNGCUCCUGUGCUGCUGGUUAUUGCUGUUCAGAAGCUGGUCAGCUGGUGUGGUAAAGGCACUGACUACUGUGCUGCCCCUGGAUGUCAAUUCAACUAUGGUCCCGGAUGUGACGACAAUACCAUUCCAUCUGGUAGCAGCACCUCCUCGGUUGCAAGACCCAAGCUCGGCAACGUCCCGUAUGGUGGAGCUGGCAUCUACGACUGCACGGUGGCUGGAACUAUCGCUAUAACUUAUGACGAUGGGCCUUACAUUUACACCGAGCAUGUCUUGGAUGUCUUGAAGCAAUACAACGCCAAAGCUACGUUCUUCAUUACUGGCAACAACAAUGGCAAGGGAGAAAUUGAUAAUGCCGCUCUCCCUUGGGCUGCAACAAUCAAGCGAGCCUACAACGAAGGACAUCAGAUCGCAUCACACACUUGGUCACACCCUCGUUUGUCCAACAUCACCAGUGCUCAGAGAAAGCAGAACAUGUACAGCAACGAGAUGGCACUGCGCAACAUUCUAGGCUUCUUUCCUACCUACAUGAGACCUCCUUACUCUGAUUGCACUGCCGAGUCUGGAUGCGAGCAGGAUAUGGCUGAUCUAGGUUACCAUGUCACCUACUUCGAUGUUGACACCGUUACUGACAUGCAGCAGNAUGACUAUGAUAACGAUUCUCCUGCCCUUAUUCAAAAUGCAAAGAACAACUUCGAUGCAGGAAUUGCAGGAGGAAAUCCAGCCACCGAUGAUUAUCUUGUGAUUGGACACGAUAUCCACAACCAGACUGCAAACAAUUUGACUGCCUACAUGCUGGACAGAAUCCUCGCUCUUGGUUACAAACCUGUUACUGUUGGCGAGUGUCUCGGUGACCCAAAGGAAAACUGGUACCGCAGCUCUUCUGGAAAUGUGUUUACUUCCUCCACUUCGGCCGUAANNCUUCGGCCACUACGACUUCUGCAACUAUUGCUCCCACAGCGACCUCGAACAAUGGACAGUGUGGCGGAGGCACCGGAUUCAUGUGUACUGGAUCUGAGUUUGGAGAUUGUUGCUCGCAGGCGGGUUGGUGCGGCUCCGGAACUCUUUACUGCGGUGAAGGUUGUCAAGCUGCCUUCGGUCAAUGCGGUAUCAACGUCCCUCAGAGCAGCAGUACUACCUCAACUGCCCCACCAACCCAGCCAACAAAGGUUUCGACCGAUGCAACCUGUGGAGGAACCAGCGACAACGACAGCUGCUAAGGCAACUACCACAAACGGAUCGAGACUCGGGACAUGGCUUAACAACUGGUUCAACAAAUUGAGAGCUGGAUCCAAUUAG